AUGAAGCCGGGAGAGUUGCUCCGCGGCGGCGGGGGCGGCGGCGAGGAGGAAAAUGUCGACAAGCAGAUGGAGAGGCAGAUGGGAUGCAUGACCGGGUUCUUCCAGAUUUUCGACCGCCACCAGAUCCUCGCCGGGCGGCGAGGGAUUUACGCCGCCAAGCGUCUGGCCUCUUUCCCUUCUCCGGUCGGUUCCCGUCGGCGGUUUCCCUUCUCCUUGUCUGCUCAUCUGUCGUCUCUUCUCUUCCCCUCCGGUCGUAAUCUUUGGAUUUGGCAAUGCAGGCCCCGAGUUGUACCUCGCCGUCCGAAAGAUCGGACUCCUCGAUUUCGUCGUCUUCCAAGGAUCUCCCUGCCAUGAUUCUCCUGCAGGCUAAGCCUCAUCCGCCGGAGUUGCGGCCGCCGUCACCCGAGCCGCCGGCUUGGGCGGAGAUCCCUCCGCGACCCUCCUUGCCCCUUCCGGUGUUUGAUGUCAAGGACGGGCGUUCCUCCUGGAAGUUCAGAGAGGCCCCGCGCCUAUCCCUCGACAGCCGCGUCGAUGUCAGGGGCAAGCUAUACCCUAGGGAGAGAACACCGAUACGCGGGAAUCGGGCCGACGGCUCUGAUGCUUCAGACACUGCAGACAAUCUCCGGCGAUCUCCGAGCGUCGUGGCCAGGCUGAUGGGACUCGAUGCUCUCCCUUGCAACAGUGGCACCGGAGAGUCCGUCGCCGAUGCCGAUCCGGAGAAGAAGGCGGAGCUACGGCGCUCUGCUUCGGAGUCUAGGGCAUCCAAGGAUGUCGUCCAGUACCAGUUCGUCGACGGCGGCUACCUUCCGCCGCCCUCUCCUCAGCCAGAUGUAGUUUUCGAGGACAAGCUUCGUGAGGUGCGGCGGUGCAUUGUUCGGGAAGGGAACCCGGAGCCGAGAGGCGCUUACUCCUCUCCUUACCAGCAGCCUUCUCGUUCUCCGUCCAACGGAUUCUCCGUCCUCCAGAGGAAAAGCUUCUUCGAUGCGCAGGACUACUUCCUCGCAGAUCCCCCUAAGAGGCCUGGAGGUGGCGGCUCCCUCUACUACGGCGAGGUCGAAAAGCGGCUGCGGAUGCCCGGCAUGGUCGAGCCUGUCAAGAACCUCGAAACCCUCAAGCAAGUCCUGGAAGUCAUCCAGCUGAAGGGCCUGCUCCACUCGCGGCAGCAGCAGCAACGCAACAGGGCCUCGGAGGCGUCUCGCCAGCAGAGCGGCGCCAGAUUCGUCUACGAGCAUUAUCCAGAUCAAAGCGACUGCUACGAUUCUCCUAUCGUCUUGAUGAAGUCGGCGGCGAAAUCUCCCUCACUACGGCCGCCGCCUCCCCCGGUGUACUCGCCGGCGAACGAGUCUUCUUCCCCGAGCUAUCGGAGCAGCCAUCUAUUCCCCACCGAGACGGCCUCCCGCUCGCCAAGGCGGAAUCGUAUCCAGACCGAUCGAGCUCCCGCAAGGAACAGCAAUGAGGCUCGGACGCGCAGACCAGGGGCUCCAGAUUCGGCUAGCGCUAGGAGUCCGGUGCUGCCGUCGCGAAGACGGCUGCCGGAGCCGCCGGCGGAGGUCGCCACCACCACCAGGGGACAGCUCAACACAGAUCGUAGAUCCCCGUCCUCUCAUUCUCCUCGCUCCGGCAGCCCGCGGAAGGCCGGAGCCGAGAUAUCGUCCAGAUCCCCGAGGAGCAACAUCGGGACGACGCCGCCGGCGACGGCCGCGAGGGAGAGGAUCCCCCGCCGGUCGGACGACGAGUUCAUUGUCUCCGGUGGUUGUCUAAGUGCCUCGUCCCAAUUCGAUUCCGAGGUAUAAUUUACGAUUAUAAAAAGCUUCCUCAGAUCCUAAUGCCAUCCUGUUUCUCAAUUCAUCACUCCUUAAGAAUAAUUUCGGGAUUGAAUGUUGCCUCUUGCUGCAGAGAGUGAAGGCGGAGUACAGGGACGGGAAGAUCCUCCUGGAGAGGUGUGACAAGCUUCUGCACAGCAUUGCAGAGAUCACCUCCAAGGCCGGAGUCGACUACGAUGCGGAGCAGUUCAGCGCCGGCGAGCAGCAGCCCAGUCCCGUCUCCGUCCUCGACGCCGGCGCAUCUUUCGACCGAGACGACGCCGGCACCGCCUCGCCUUCCUCCCUCCCCAAGCUCUGCAUCAAUUUCAAAGGUAUGAAUCUCCCCCUCUGCCGGUGAAUUCUCCUGACGAACUCGUUGGUGAUUCAACUCACUGCUGAUUUUUAAUCGGAGCAGAGCAAGCAGUGGAAUGCCGGUCGGAAGGGCUGAUCCCGGCGGCCAUCGACGGCAGCUCCGAGGUCGACGACGACGAUUUCUCGUACGUCUCCGAGAUCCUGCGUGCUUCUGACGCCCAUCCGCCCGGCGGCGUCGACUUCUUCCAGCGGCAGAAGGCAGCGGCUGGGGACGAGACCACCACCGCCACCGGCCUCAAGCCCUCGCCGCUCCACCAGCGGCUGCUGUUCGACGCGGUAUUGGAGAUUGUCGAGCGGCGCCGCCAGAUCCUCCCCUGGGAGGCCUUCCGGUGCUCCCGCUCUCCGGUGGCUUCCGCGCAGGGGAGGAGGCUGCUGCCGGCUGAGGUAUGGGCGGAGCUGCGGAAAAUGCAGGACCACGCUCCGGCGGACGACCUCUGCGAGCUGAUCUGCCGUGUGCUCCGCAAGGAUCUGGAGGAACCUUCCGCUGUGGAUCGCCCAUGGGCCAACCGCCCAGCGGAGAUGUCCGACGCGGUGCUCGACAUCGAGCGCCUCAUCUACAAGGACCUUGUCGCCGACGCCAUCCGCGAUCUCGCCGCCUUCCACGAGCGGCGGCGGCGGAGCGGCCUCACCUCCCCAGCGGCGCCGCGGCGGCGGAGGCUGCUGUUUUGA